AUGUCGAGUUGUACUAUAUGUUCCAGAGGAGUCUCACUUUUAAGAACUCUGCAGACUCUCAUAAGAGAGCUGGAGCAAGUACGGCGGUUUUGGCCGCUGUUUCCGAAGGGGGUCCUUAUCGAUAAGGAAUCCUAG